UGUUUAAGCGGGGGGCCAGACGGUUUGCUGAGGAAAGCGUAAUUAACAAACAGGGGUUUCGUUAAAAGUGAGAAUGUUUAAUUGAAACUGCACGGGAGAGGAUUCCGAUAUCCCCGGACGCGAUCCGCGUUACACCUCGAGUCCGCCGGUUGCCGUCGAAUUUACCCGGCGUUUUUGAUUGUUCCUGGGAAAGGGACUUUGCGGCCUAGUGCAACCCGCGGGAGAAGAGGCACCCUGCCCGGCGAGGGAUCUAGUCGAGAGGCGGUGAAUGUUACAGGUGCCGGCGCUGUGAGCCCAUGACGGCGGGAGGCCCGGCCCUGAGCUAUGGACAUGGCGGUCGGGAACAGAAGCCACAAUGCGUCCUCUUGCGCUCAGGCACCUGAGUCGACCAGCAGCACGGAGUCAAUGUCGGAGAAGCCGUCGGCCGCCUCGCAGAUGUCGAAGAGCUACGACGCGGUGGUGUUCGACGUGCUCAAGGUCACGCCCGAGGAGUUCGCGAGUCAGAUAACGUUGAUGGAUUGCCCGGUCUUCAAAGCCAUUCAACCAGAGGAGCUGUCGAGCUGCGGGUGGAACAGGAAAGAGAAGCACAGCCUCGCACCCAACGUCGUCGCCUUCACUCGCAGAUUCAACCACGUGAGCUUCUGGGUGGUGCGUGAAAUCUUGAAGGCUCGCACUCUCAAGAUCCGGGCGGAAAUCUUAUGCCAUUUCAUCAAAAUCGCCAAGAAGCUUCACGAGCUCAAGAAUCUGCACGCUCUCAUCGCCGUGCUCUCAGCCCUGCAGAGCGCCCCCAUCUUCCGUCUCGCCAAGACCUGGGGGCUGCUGAGCCGCAAGGACAAGGCGUCGUUCGACAAGCUGGACUACCUCAUGUCCAAGGAGGACAACUACAAGCGCAUCCGGGAGUACGUGCACAGCAUCCGCAUGAUGCCCUGCAUCCCGUACCUCGGGAUCUACCUGUCGGAUCUCAUCUACAUCGACUCUGCGUACCCGGCCUCUGACAGCAUCAUGGAGAACGAGCAGCGCUCCAUCCAGAUGAACAACAUCCUCAGGGUCAUCUCGGACUUCCAGCAGUCCUGCCACUACGGUAACCGCUUUUCCCCUGGCGCAUCCGAGCCGAGCCGGCGCAGAGCCCCGGAUGGUUUCCCACCGGCCAUUUGCCGAGCUGACCCGCUCUUAAAUACAAGUUGUCUCUGUGUCCCCUGCAGUUCCCCCGCCACUCCGCUGUCGGGGGUGACCAGCCCGGCGGCCGGCGCCGUCACCAUCGAGGGAGCGCUCAAGAGGAAGACCCUGCUCAAGGAUGGGCGCAAGCCGGCGCUGUCAUCAUGGACGCGGUUCUGGGUGGCCCUCAGCGGCUCGCUGCUCAUCUACUACCCCUCCAAGGCUCUCAAGGCCACCGAGAGGAAGCACUUUAAGUCGGUGCCGUGCAAGGUGGUCUCCGUGCUGGGCUGGAUGUCGGUUUUGCCCGACCUUCCCGAGCACCCGGACGUCUUCCAACUCACCGACUCGGAGCGAGGCAACUCGUACAAGUUCCAGGCGGGGACGAGGCUCAACGCUCACCUCUGGCACAGGCACCUGGACAGCUCCUGCAAGAGCAACCGUCCGCAGGUGCCGGCAAACCUCAUGUCGUUCGAGUGAAGCCGACUGCAACGAUCCGGUUGGGGGAACGGCAGCGCGAUGGAGAAUGCCAUUUACCUGGGGAUAGCACGUGAUCAACAACACAUGGGUAUCACGUGAUCAACAACACAUGGGUAUCACGUGGUCAACAACACAUGGGUAUCACGUGGUCAACAACACAUGGGUAACACGUGAUCAACAACACAUGGGUAUCACGUGAUCAACAACACAUGGGUAUCACGUGGUCAACAACACAUGGGUAUCACGUGGUCAACAACACAUGGGUAACACGUGAUCAACAACACAUGGGUAUCACGUGAUCAACAACACAUGGGUAUCACGUGGUCAACAACACAUGGGUAACACGUGGUCAACAACACAUGGGUAACACGUGGUCAACAACACAUGGGUAUCACGUGGUCAACAACACAUGGGUAACACGUGAUCAACAACACAUGGGUAUCACGUGGUCAACAACACAUGGGUAUCACGUGGUCAACAACACAUGGGUAUCACGUGGGCAACAACACAUGGGUAACACGUGAUCAACAACACAUGGAUAGCACGUGGUCAACAACACAUGGGUAACACUUGGGAGGCAACACAUGGAAGACACGUGGAAGACGACACAUGGAAGACAGCAACACAUGGUACACAACACAUGGAUAACAUAUGGAAAACAUGAUUAACACGUGGAAGACGACACGUGGAUGAUAACGCACGGAAGCAUGAAACCCAAGCCCCCGAGACGUCCUGGUCAAUGGGGGGGGGAGACCUAGAAAAAAAAACACCGACAAAAGAUUUCAACUGCAAACGUGCAACUCGGACGCGUGGCGACGACCCACCGUGUCCUUCCGGAAUCGAGCGGGCGACAUUUUGCGUGCGAAGCCGUCGGGGGGGCGACGGACCGGCACUCCGUCUCCCCCGUCGUCGGAUGGUCGGGGAAAAGCCUCACGGAUCCCUCUCUGGACACCGCAAAGCGAUUCGCCACCGCCGAGUCAAAUCGGCCGGGUCACGCGGAACGACGGGGCGUGGCGCGGAGUGGCGUGGGUAAACCUGCACCUCUUCGGAGAUCGUCUGGGAACUGCGCGGAAGAGGUGGGGGAAGAGAAUCAGAAUCGCGUUAUUUGUCCUGGGAGAAAUCUGGUGAGCUGUGAAGAUUUUUUUUGUUUCUUUUUUUUUGCCUCUCACAGAUGUCCAGUAGUAGACCACGCACACGCGCGACGGGCUCUCCCAGAGCGAACCUUCGGCCAGCGUCGGAGCCGGCAAUUGCAGGGCCGCGCCUUUACCUCCCGUGCAAAUUGUCGGAAAAUCUUAAGAAGUUGUUACCGUGUUCUCCGGAUCGUGAGAUGCUGCACGUUUCCCUCCCCCCCACGCCAGAGGUCACAAAUGGGUUUUGAUUCCUUACCCGUACCCGGCCGCACCAGGGUCGCAAAUGGGUACCCGUACCCGUACCCGGCGGGGUAUGGGUAGCCGUUCCCUACCUGUACCCUUACCCGUAAUGAGUGACAAACGGCUACUCACCAGUGACUCACGGCCUACCCGUAGCCGGCCGCACCAGGGUCGCAAACGGCUACCCGGCUACCCGUACCCGGCUGGGUACGGGUAGCCGGGUAUCGGAUCGGGUACGGGUAUCGGGUACCUGAUUGCGACCUCUGCCCCACCCCCCACCCCCCACCACCACCACCCGAUAUUUUAAAGUAAAAGUUGGGCGUGCGACUUAACAACUCGGCAAUUGCGUGCGUGCGCGCAAGAGCGUGGAGUGGGGGGGAGCGGUGGCGCAGCGGUUAGCGCGCUGCGCUCCGAAUCCCGGCAAGCCCGAGUUCCAAUUCCCGCUUGCGGCCAACGCCCAACACCGGUUUACGAUCAUCUAAGCCGGUCCUGGGCCUCUCCUAGAUUGAUUCGGCCUCAAACGAGUCGACUCCCCCCCCGCCCGCCCACCCCGGCGUGUCAACACGGUGCCAUUGUCGCAUCGCGAGCGGGUUUCCCUUCUUCGUUGCGAAGCGUCUCUUGCGAGAUAGCUGACUCGGGAGACGCGGCACCCCACUUCCCUGUCGAUUGUUGUUGUCGUUAUCAAUUUGUUAGUUUUUUCGGUAAAGUCACGUAGGUCAAAAAUUAAAUUUAAAUUAAUAAAAA